AUGUUCGACCUCAGUCUCUUGUCGCCGCUUCUAGCGACUGUGAGCUCUGUGCUCCCAGCGCUGCUGCUACUCGUGGUCUCCUGGCAGCUUUGGGCAUUCCGAUGGAGCAUCACGAGAGACAAAACAUGCAAGUUGCCGCUACCAGAAGGUUCUAUGGGCUGGCCUUUGGUGGGUGAAACUUUCCACUGGCUUUUUCAGGGGUCAAGCUUUCACAUAUCCCGGCGGCAGAAGCAUGGAAACGUAUUUAAAACUCAUCUUUUGGGAAAACCUGUCAUCCGCGUGACUGGCGCCGAAAACAUUCGUAAAAUUCUGCUGGGAGAACACACGUUAGUAUGCACGCAGUGGCCCCAAAGUACACGCAUAAUUUUGGGACCCAACACUUUGGUGAACUCGGUGGGAGACUUGCACAAGAAGAAGAGGAAAAUCCUGGCAAAAGUCUUUAGCCGCGGGGCUUUGGAGACAUAUCUGACGCGCCUUCAAGAUGUUGUCAAGUCUGAAAUUGCCAAGUGGUGUGCUGCACCCGGAUCAGUGGAGGUUUACGCCGCGGCCAGGUCGCUCACAUUCCGCAUAGCAGUGCGAGUACUCCUUGGGCUGAGACUGGAGGAAAAUCGCACCGUUUACCUUUCGAAGAUCUUUGAACAACUAAUGAACAACCUGUUCUCUCUGCCUAUUGAUGCUCCAUUCAGCGGCCUGCGCAAAGGCAUAAAGGCACGAGAGAUUCUGCACGCCUCAAUGGAGAAGAUCAUAGAGGAGAAACUGAGGAAGCAGCACACAGAGGAGUACUGCGACGCGUUUGACUACAUGCUGAGCAGCGCAAAGGAAAACGAAUAUGACCUCACUAUGCAAGAGCUCAAAGAGACAGCAGUAGAAUUGAUCUUUGCUGCUCACUCUACCACGGCAAGCGCGUCCACGUCUCUCAUUCUCCAGUUGCUGCGUCAUCCUGUUGUGGCUGACCGUGCUAGGGCCGAGCUGGAGACUGAAGGGCUCAUCUGGGGCGCAUCUCCGCAUCACAGAGAGAAUGAAGUGAACAGCGGACAAAUGAACAGUAUGACAGACAGAGGGAGCAAAGAGCAGGAUUGUCCCGGCUCAGAGAUAGAUUCGACCCCGAAGAAAUCUGGUUGUUGUGAACCGAAAGGAGACUGUGAGGAGGGUCAUCGCUCUUAUUCCCACAUUCCCUAUUUAAGUCUUGAGAAGCUGAGUCACCUCGGUUACUUAGACUGUGUCGUGAAAGAGGUGCUCAGAUUCCUGCCACCUGUGUCCGGUGGAUACAGGACGGUGCUUCAAACAUUUGAAUUGAAUGGUUACCAAAUCCCGAAAGGCUGGAGCGUUAUGUACAGCAUACGCGAUACACACGAGACAGCCGCAGUGUACCAGAAUCCUGAGAUCUUUGAUCCAGACCGCUUCGGUACCGACCGGGAGGAGGGGAAAAACGGACGCUUCAACUACGUUCCUUUCGGCGGAGGUGUUCGGAGAUGUAUUGGUCGGGAACUCGCCAUAAUCAUUCUCAAAACUUUGGCCGUGGAGCUACUAGGGACGGCAGAGUGGGCGCUAGCUACAGAAACAUACCCCCGAAUGCAGACGGUACCAAUUGUUCAUCCAGUUAACGGACUGCAUGUAAAUUUUAAGCAACGAAAUUGUACCGUUGGGAGAAACAGAAGAGAAUCAACUCACAUUUAA